AUGCGGGUACUGAUAAGCCUGCUACUAUUCACCUCGCUGCUCGUCGAAGCCGACGAACACGACCAUUUGUACGAGGUCGACGAGGAGGUUGUAUUAUGGAUGAACACGGUGGGACCCUACUCGAAUCGCCAGGAAACCUACACCUACUUCUCCCUGCCAUUUUGUAAAGGAGAGAAGAAGGAAAUUGGCCAUUAUCACGAAACUAUGGGAGAAUCACUGCUCGGCGUGGAGCUAGAGUUCUCCGGAUUGGAUAUAAAAUUCAGAACAAACACCAAGAAAACCGUGGUUUGCGAGAAGAAGCUCACCGAAACCGACUAUAAAACGCUGCUCUACGCUAUCCAAAACAGCUAUUACUAUCAAAUGUACCUCGACGACAUGCCGAUUUGGGGAAUGGUUGGAGAAAUCGAUAAUACUGUGAAUCCGCCGGCCUACAAGCUUUAUACGCAUAAGAGGCUAGAUAUUGGCUAUAACGAUAAGCAGGUGGUCGACGUGAAUUUGACAACAGACGGAAGAGUUGAUAUUCGUCCCGGCGCUGAGCUCACGUUCACCUAUGAGGUGCAAUGGAGCAAGUCGGAAGUGGAUUUUACCAAGAGAUUCGAUAAAUAUCUCGAUCCAAGCUUCUUCCAGCACAGAAUCCACUGGUUCUCGAUUUUUAACAGUUUCAUGAUGGUCGUAUUCCUCGUCGGAUUGGUAUGGAUGAUUCUAGUCCGUACUCUACGAAAAGACUACGCCCGAUACCAAAAAGAGGAUAGUCUCGACGAUUUGGACGCCGAUCUCGGAGAUGAGUACGGUUGGAAACAGGUUCACGGAGACGUCUUCCGUCCACCAUCAAUGCCGUUGCUCUUCUCAUCGUGUAUUGGAGCCGGUUAUCAUGUGUUCACUGUCGCGGUUAUUACGACGAUUUUGGCGAUUGUUGGAGAAUUUUAUACAGAACGCGGCUCCCUACUCUCCGCCGCAAUCUUCGUCUACGCCGCUUGCUCGCCAGUCAACGGAUAUGCCGGCGGAUCGAUGUACGCCAGAUUCGGAGGUCGUCACUGGAUCAAGCAAAUGCUCCUCGGAGCAUUCCUUCUGCCAAGUAUGGUGUGUGGUGUCGCAUUCCUUAUCAACUUUAUCGCGAUCUACUAUCACGCGUCACGCGCCAUUCCAUUCACAAUUAUGCUCGCCGUCUCGGCGAUCUGCCUCUUUGUGAUCCUUCCGCUGACUCUUGUCGGAACUGUGAUCGGAAGAAAUAUGGCUGGAAGUGCAGACUAUCCGUGUAGAGUGAAUGCCGUGCCGAGACCCAUUCCUGAUAAGAAAUGGUUCGUCCAACCGUGGCUCAUCACCCUUGCCGGAGGUGUUCUCCCAUUCGGAUCCAUCUUCAUCGAAAUGUACUUUAUCUUCACCUCAUUCUGGGCGUACAAAAUCUAUUAUGUGUACGGAUUCAUGCUUUUGGUCACAAUAAUCCUGUCAAUUGUCACCGUAUGCGUCACAAUUGUCUGCUCCUACUUCCUACUCAACGCCGAGGAUUAUAGAUGGAGAUGGACGAGCUUCGCGUGUGGAGCAUCUACUGCAUUCUAUGUGUACAUGUAUUCCAUGUAUUAUUUCUUCUUCAAGACAAAGUACGCCUGUUUUUAUAGCAAGUUGUUGCGGAAAAUUGGACAAAAAACGAAAAAAAAAACAAAAAAAAAAAUCGAUUUUUUAGCCGUUUUUUUUUAUGGAAGAAAAAAAAAGAAGAAAAAUUGUGCUUUUCAAUCUAUUUUUAAUCAUUUCAUGUUGAAAAAAUCGCUUUAAAAUCAUAGUUUCGUACAAUUUUCGUGCAAAAGGCCUUGUGUGUCGAUUUACGCACCUUGCGAACUUCCCGAGGACAUCUUUUUAGUGAGAAUGAUUGUAUUUUUUGUUAAUAAAUUACAAAAACCAACGAGAAU